CCUCCUGUCACCAUCACAGCCUCCCCAUCACUGUCAUCUCCCUCCUGUCACCAUCACAGCCUCCCCAUCACCACCAUCACCCUCCUGUCACCCUCCUGUCACCAUCAUAGCCUCCCCAUCACUGUCAUUCCCCUCCUGUCACCCUCCUGUCACUACCAUAGCCUCCCCAUCACUGUCAUUCCCCUCCUGUCACCCUCCUGUCACUACCAUAGCCUCCCCAUCACUAUCAUCCCCCUCCUGUCACCAUCACAGCCUCCCCAUCACCACCAUCACCCUCCUGUCACCCUCCCCACCACCUGUCACUGUCCCCUUGCUGUCCCUGUCCCCUCAGGGGCCGCAUCAAACACCUGGACGUGGUGACGCUGCUGCGCCGCAUCCAACCCCCGCUGGGCUUUGGGAAGCUGUGCCCGCAUCGUGUCGCCUGCAAGCGCCUGGUGGCCAUGAACAUGCCCCUCAACUCGGAUGGCACCGUCACCUUCAAUGCCACGCUCUUCGCCCUGGUCCGCACCUCCCUCAAGAUCAAGACGGAAGGGAACCUGGAUGUGGCCAACAAGGAGCUGAGGGCUGUCAUCAAGAAGAUCUGGAAGCGGACGAAGCCCAAACUGCUGGAUGAGGUCAUCCCGCCUCCUGAGGAGGAGGAGGUGACCGUGGGGAAGUUCUACGCCACUUUCCUCAUCCAGGAUUAUUUCCGCAAGUUCCGGCGGCGGAAGGAGCGCGGGAUGCUGGGCCCCAGCGCCAGCCCCAGCAACGAACGCGCCCUGCAGGUGGGGGUCCCAGCCCCCCAGUCCCCCCAGCCCAGA